UCAGUUAUCCACUGAACUCAAUAAAACAGAAUCUGGAUCAACUUCCAAACGUCAGAAGUCACUUUUAAUAUGUGUCGUUUGUGAUGAUGGUGCCCAUGGUUAUAAUUUUGAUGCAAUAUCAUGUUAUUCAUGUAAAGCAUUUUUUCGCCGAAAUGCCUUACAACGACAAAAGCUAAAAUGUCGUCGUAAUGAUGGUCACUGCGAUGUGAGAUUUAAUAUUAAAAAGCGAUGUAAAAAAUGUCGCCUUGAGAAAUGUAUUGAACAAGGGAUGCGAAAAGAAUGGAUUCUAACGGAUAAAGAGGAAGAUAAAAGUGCUAAAAUUGAAGGAAAUCGUUGUCUCAAACAGAUUCAAGAUGAUCAUCGAUCGAAUAAAAAUCACUCAAAAAUUGACAAUCUUUCAUCUAUAGAUUUAUCAUCAUUAUCUAAUAAUCAAUCAUAUCUAAAUGAAUUUGAUUGGUUAAGAAUCCGAUUAAUUCAAGAUUAUUUUACAGAAGCUGUAAAACUAAAUGAAAUAACUGGCAUAUCAUCAAAUCUUUCAACACAAUCAAUUACAACCACAUUAGAAUUAUUUCAUAUGCCAAUUCAUAUAACAUCGAUGCGUCUUAUUAGUUAUUUAAAACAAAUCAAUGAAUUUCAACAAUUAAAACAAGAAGAUCAAGCUUAUUUAAUUAAACUAAAUUUAUUACCACUAUGUUUUUUUCAUUUAAUAUUUAUUCAUGAUCCAAGAACAGAUCUUUAUUACGAACCAAAUACAAAAGAUCCACAUUUUUCUGGCAAAGAUUGGAGCAAAACAUUAAAUAAACAAUUUCAUAUUGAAAUGAAACAAUUACGAAAUGAUAUCAUUGAUAUAUUUCAACUAGAUGAUAUUGUUAUAAAAUUAUUCCUUUUAAUUUUUGCUUUUUCAAAUCAAAUCUCACUAAAUCAAUCAUCUGAAUGUGUAUUAAUAGAUAUUAAUGUGCUAGAUAUAUUCAAAGCACAAAAUAUCUUUAUUGAUUUAGCAUAUAAA